UCCACUUCAGAUCUUCUUCUCAGUCUGUAAUCCGGCAAAUAUUAUCCCAAACAAGUAAGUUUUAAUCUCUCCUAUCCGAUUCCGAUUUCUUUAUUAGGGUUCUAUUCUUACUGGGUUCUUUCUGUUCCCAAGUUGUUUUUUUUUUUUUCUUUUAGACCUAAUUUGAUCUGUAAAAAUUGGGGUAUAAAAAGAAGAAAUGGGUGAUAAUAUUGCAAAGACUAUUUGGACACCAUCAAUGACUCGUUAUUUCAUUGAGUUACUAAAACAACAAGCUCUGAGAGGAGGCCCAAGAGGGAAGAAGAAGAUGACUGGUUCUGCACUUCGAAAACAAGUAUGGGCACACAUUACAGCAUUAUUCAGACUGAAAUUUGGGGUUCAAUAUCACACAGAUGUAUUAAAGAACCGUUUCAGGACUUUGGGUAGGAAAUAUGAUGCUAUUACUACUCUUCUCAACAAUGGAUUUCUAUGGGACACAACCAGGCAUAUGGUGGUUGCUGCUCAUGAUAAUAUGUGGAAUACAUACAUUAAGGCACACCCGGAUGCAAGGUCUUACAGAACUAACAGCACACCGUUCUAUGAUGAUUUGUGUGUGAUAUUCGGUGGUGCACCUGUUGAGGAGAAAUUUCGUGAUGAAGAAUAUAUGGAGGAUGAUUUUUUGAUUGAAUCACCUGCAAUUGAAAGAGACCCAGCUUAUGAUGUCAAAGACUCUUCACAUGCUGGUGAUGAGGCUAUUUGGAAGAUAAGCACAGAAGAAGAAGAGGCUGGUGCUGAAAUUGGUUUCUGUAAGGCAGAGAACAUGGUUCAUUCCUCGGAAAUGCCAAACAAACAGAGCGAGAAAGUGUUAUCUGACCAAGGGGCUUUUGCAAAUGAAGGAUCGUCAAAGGUAGAGCUGACUCGUUGUGAAUAUCGAACUAGGGUCAGUUGGACACCCUCAAAGGACCGUUAUUUUAUUGAUCUUAUGAAGGAUCAUAUCCUUCAAGGGAAUAAAAUUGGGCGUACUUUUACGAAAGAUGUAUGGAUGCACAUGAUUGCACUGUUCGGCGAAAAUUUUGGAGCUCAGUAUGACAAGAAUGCAUUGUAUAAUCGUUUCAAAACACUGAGGAAACAAUAUCUGUGUGUUAAGGGACUUCUUGGCCAUGGUAGGUUUGAGUGGGAUAAAACACUACACAUGGUCAAAGCUGAUGCUCAUGUCUGGGAUGACUAUGUCAAGGCACACCCAGACGCCAGACAGUACCGAGUCAGGUCUGUGCCAUAUUACAAAGAUUUGUGCAUAAUAUAUGGUGAUACAUAUAUCAGCGGAAGAAAUAACAAUCUUGGCGGAGAUCCAGUACACAAAGUUCAGGAAGACUCCUCAUAUUUGAAUGGUGAUAUACUUAAUCAGCAUAAAAAAGGUCUACUUAAGUCGCCAUUAGGUUCUGGAUACUCUAACAAACUGAAGAACACAGACCAGAGUAUGAUUGAUGCUAUUCAAGAGAUGAGGAGUGCAGUCACUUUGUUGGCAGAGAAGACCGAAGAAACGAGUGAUUAUGUCUCAACAGAAACUUGGAUGGCAGCACUUCGUGCUUUACCGGACAUAGAUGAAGAACUACUUUUAGAUGCAUGUGAUUUUCUAGAGGUAGAUGCAAAGAGAGCGAAAGCGUUUGUACUUUUAGAUGUAAGCCUUCAAAAGAAGUGGUUGUUAAGGAAACUUCGCUCUUCGUAGACUACCGAAUGUGUAUUAUUCUCAUAAAGUUUUGUGUCAUGAGAAUAAAUUUGGACAGAGAAGACAUGGAAAUGGUUGAGGAAAAUCGGAACAAUACUAAUGGUAGUUUGGUCACUAGGCUGAAAGAUAUGGCUGUAAAUUGGAAUAAUACUAGUGGUAGUUUAUGAAAUGGGGUAAAAAAGGAUUUAAACAUGUUGAUCGAGCCGUGGAAGCUACCCAAAGAAAAUGGCUAGAGAUUCAGAAAGUGGUACGCUUGCAAGACAUAAGUGAGGUGGAAAAACAGCUAAAGAUUGAGCUUGACAACCUGGAAAUUACAAGACAGAAAUUUUUGAAGCAGUGUAAUACAUCCCAUUAGAUUUCAGCAGCUGACAAAAAUACUAGAGCGUUUCACCUGUCAGUCAUGCAAAGGAGAAGGAAAAAUAACAUUCCUGCAAUUAAGUUGGCGAGCAGUGAGUGUACUUCAAAUCCUGACAGUAUCACAAGCAUGAUAAUUCUAGCCACCUACCUUCUUUCCUGUCAAAAGCAUCCUGCAAGAGGAGCAAAUAAAGCAACUCAGCUGUGUACCAUCUGUGAGGAGUUAAAGACUGCUCUAAGUCAUAUUGGUGAUCUCAGAACCUCUGGUCCGGACGGCUACCCAGCUAUUUUCUGUUUGAGGUGCUGCCAUCUUGUGGGAGCUGAGGUUACGGAACUCAUUCAACAUUGCUUCAGCUCUGGAACUCUCCCUGCAGGUAUAAACCACACUAACCUCACUUUGGUGCCUAAAUGUAAGUCUCCAUAAAUUGCAGCCGAGUAUAGACCCAUCGCCUUGUGUAAUGUGUUAUAUAAAUUUGUAACUAAAGUAAUAGCUAGGAGACUUGGGCAAUUUAUGGAUGGUUUAAUAGCUAAGAAUCAAUCGGCAUUCAUGCCAGGAAGACAGAUCCUAGACAACAUAAUAACCGCUAAAGAACUUGUUCAUUCAAUGAAACUCUCUAAAUCAGUGGUAGGAUCUUUUGACCUGAAACUAGAUAUGUGGAAAGCUUAUGAUAGGGCGGAUUGGACCUUCUUAAAGCAUAUUCUAAUGGGAAUUGGUAUAACUGGGUCCCUUCCUGUUUUAAUUAUGAGUACUGCUUUCUUUUCUGUUAUGGUAAAUGGAAUUCCUAUGGGUUUCUUCUACGAAGAAAGAGGGAUUCGACAGGGGUGCCCCCUUUCUCCCUACUUAUUUAUUCUUAUAUCUCAGGGUCUUUCUUGGUUAAUCUUAGAACGUGCUAACCUCUAUAAUGGCUAUAGAAUUAACAAGUAUACACCUGCGGUGAGCCAUCUUUAUGCUUGCAGAUGACUUAAUGUUCUUUGGAGUUUUAAAUGACAGCACUAUAACUUCUCUGCAAGACAUUCUAAAUAUCUAUACUCGUUGGUCCGGCCAAAAGACAAAUUUUCACAAGUCUUCAAUCCACUUCAGCAAGUGAGUCAAUCCUACUAGACAGAGAGAGAUAGCUGAAAGGACGGGUAUUCCAAUUAUGCAUGCUGGCGAAAAGUACUUAGGAACUUAUCUUCCCAAGUCCGAUAAAGCCUGUACUUCAUAUAAAUUCCUUGAAUUGAAGAUGGACGACAAACACGCUGGCUGAAAGAGACAUUUCCUAAAUCAUGCUGGGAGGACUACUUUAAAUCAAGGUGUUCUCGCUUUAAUUCUUCCCUACUACAUGGCAUUUUGCUGUCUUGUCCCUAAAUAUAUUUUGGCCAAGCUUAUAAAAGAAUAAUGAGAGCAUUCUGGUGUGGGGAUAACAAAGACAAGAGGAAAAGGCACUUCAUUGCAUGGGAGAAGCUCAAUGAAACCAAGGCUAAUGGUGGUAAAUGGUGGUAUGGGGCUUAGGAAGCUUGAGGAUAUCAAUAAGGCCCAGAUAGAAAAAUCUAUGGAGAUUCUUGAAUGAACGAUGUAGUCUCUGGGGUUGUUUUCUUGAGAGCUAAGUAUGUUAAAGAGAAGAAAUUCUGGAGCUGUAAUCAGAUUAGUAACUGCACAAGUACUUGGGGGGAAUUAUGAAGGAAGGUUGUUGCUGGCAAGUGGGGAGUGGUACUACUAUUUCUACUUCGAAGGAUCCCUGGUUCCCAUCACUGGAUCCAUGGUUUUGACAAGAAAUGCAGGUUGUGCGAGGGCCAAGAUGAAACUGUUAAUCAUCUAUUCUUGCAGUGUCCUUGUACUCUGUCCCUCCUAUUUGCUUCUCACCUAUCCCUGUGUAUAGAAAAUUAUGCAAACUUGUCCAUUAAAGAUCUGCUUAUCAAGUUACUUAUGGUUAAUGGAGUAGGAGCCGAAAGUUGCAACUAAAUUUCGUUGAGACAAAUUACAUUUAUGAUAAUAGAUCCUUGGAUUUUAUAGUCUGGAAAUUUUUAUUUAUUUUCCUGUACAGUUUCUUGAUAGAGAUUCCAUGAUCGUCUUCCUCCGGCCAGUUUCUUGAAAAUGGCCGUGAAGCAGAAUCCAUGAGGAUUAGAUUUGGUUUGGGAAAAAAAAAAAAAACUAGUAUUUCUUUCUUGCAAUAGAUGAGAUGGGUUGUCGUGC